AUAAAGAGUGUGGAGUUGAACUCGUGCCAUUGUAGUGACUCAUCUCGGGCAGAGCGCAGGGGCUCGGAGCGAGACAGCGAGCAGCGCUCGGCAGGGACAGAGAGAGAGAGAGCGCGCGCGAGAAAGAGGGGGAGAGAGAGAGAGAGAGGAGAGGGAGGGCGAAGCGAGGCGAGACGCGCGAGGCCGGCCCGUCCCGGAGCGGACACAGGGUGCAGGGCACUGCGGCGCCGAGCCACGUCCCUCGCAGCACCGCUCAGCCUGGAACCCCACGGGCACUGUCCCGCCGGCGCGAUCGGGGCCGCUGGACCGGCGCUUGCUGCCUUGUCCUAAGUCAAGUGUCCGAGUCGCCGGGAAACUCAGGCGGCGAGUUGGCCACAGGAAGUUUAUUCUCGGGCUCCUUUUCUAAAAGGAGGAAACAGAAGUUUCUCCCAACCGGCAGCUUUUCUUUUUCGCCUCUUUGGCGCCCUGUGAGAUCGGGGAGGGAGUCCCCCCAGAGCUGCCAAGCGACACCCGCUGGGCUCCUUGUCUUUUUUUUUUUUUUUUUUUGCGUUUGCCCAUUUUUUUUUUCUCCAGCCCCUGGGUCCCGGCGGAGCUCCGGCUGCGCGCGGGGGCGGAAGGGCGCGCGCAGGGGAGGGACCGAGGGACGCGCCGACUUUUUUAGAGGGAGGGACCCGGUGGACAACCGGUUCCGCGGAGCUUGCAGAGCAGAAACGAAGUGCGGUGCGCGGCGAUCGGGGGGUCACUUCCCGAGCGUCGCCGCCUCCCUGUCUGCCUCGGUGAGGGGGACAGCCCGGGAGCCAAGAGCCCAGCCCGCGGCGGGGCCGCUGGACCAGCGAGCGCGCAGCAGACUGUGCGCGGCCGCGGCGAGGGCGGGGAAGAAAACCACCCUGUUUCCUCUCCGGCCCCCACCGCGGAUCAUGUACCAGGAUUAUCCCGGGAACUUUGACACCUCGUCCCGGGGCAGCAGCGGCUCUCCUGCGCACGCCGAGUCCUACUCCAGCGGUGGCGGCGGCCAGCAGAAGUUCCGGGUAGAUAUGCCUGGCUCAGGCAGCGCCUUCAUCCCCACCAUCAAUGCCAUCACCACCAGCCAGGACCUGCAGUGGAUGGUACAGCCCACAGUGAUUACUUCCAUGUCCAACCCUUAUCCACGCUCACACCCCUACAGCCCCCUGCCGGGCCUGGCUUCUGUCCCUGGGCACAUGGCUCUCCCCAGACCCGGCGUGAUCAAGACCAUCGGUACCACUGUGGGCCGCAGGAGGAGAGAUGAGCAGCUGUCUCCCGAGGAAGAGGAGAAGCGUCGAAUCCGGAGGGAGAGGAACAAGCUGGCUGCCGCCAAGUGUCGGAACCGUCGCCGCGAGCUGACGGAAAAGCUGCAGGCGGAAACAGAGGAGCUGGAAGAGGAGAAGUCCGGUCUGCAGAAAGAGAUCGCUGAGCUACAGAAGGAGAAGGAAAAGCUGGAGUUCAUGUUGGUGGCGCAUGGCCCUGUGUGCAAAAUCAGCCCCGAGGAGCGCCGGUCGCCCCCGACCUCCGGGCUGCAGCCCAUCCGUGGUACGGGCGGCGCUGUGGUGGUGAAGCAGGAGCCGCUGGAAGAGGACAGCCCUUCUUCCUCAGCGGUAGGGAUGGACAAGACCCAGCGCUCUGUCAUCAAGCCCAUCAGCAUUGCUGGGGGUGGUUUCUAUGGGGAAGAGCCUCUGCACACUCCCAUCGUGGUGACCUCCACACCUGCCAUUACUCCAGGCACCUCAAACCUUGUCUUCACCUACCCCAGUGUCCUGGAGCAGGAGUCGCCAGCGUCACCCUCGGAGUCCUGCUCCAAGGCUCACCGCAGAAGCAGUAGCAGUGGGGACCAGUCGUCAGACUCCUUGAACUCCCCCACACUGCUGGCCCUGUAACCCUGUGCUCCUCUGGCCAGCUCUGGAGAAGUCGUCAUGAUCAUCGUCAUCAUCAUCAUCCUCAUCCUCCUCAUCCUCCUCGUCACCCUUCCCGGAGACCAGUACCUUUAAAGCACUCCAGGGCCGUGAGGGCAAUAGGGGACCUUGGCUCUGGGGACCCGAUGGGAUUUAGUGGCAAGGCACUGGUUGAUCUCUUGGAAGCCCUGGGACCCCCUUUCCCUCAUUCAUCUUGCAAGCAAAUCCUCUUCCUUGAGAAGCCGGAGGAGAACUUGGUUCGGUGGACUCAGACAUCCUCUCCUGCUUCGGCAGCAUCUGGAGCCCGGCCCCGGAUGGUUCCUGUCCCUUUGUGACUCUGUUGUCCCUGGAGUGAUGGUGUCCCUUUCCUCCCCCACCAAGCAUGCCCAGUGCCUUUCUGGUGUCCCCUGCCUCCCCCAGUCCCAGCUUCACUCCCUCUGGGUUUUUAAUGAGAUUUGCCAUGACAUUUCAUCUGGGUGGUCCGGAUAUUAAAGCGCUGUUAUUUCUGGA